UUGUAGGUGUCGCAAUGGUCAUCAAUGGCGAAAAAUUUAGUGAAAAUUAAGCCAUUUUUAUUAUUAAUGUUUUUGCUAAGUUUGUAAAAAUUACAUUUUUCUUUUUAUAUUUUCCUGUAUCAGUUUUAUUGAAAUAAUUUUUUACACCUGUUACAUCCACUUGGGAUAAAAAUUCCGAUUUAUUAUGUACACAGUAGAAAAAAAAAUUUACGAACAAAUCCAUUGUUAGAAGCGUCAAACAUUUUAGUAUCAAGCUUUCCAAAUAUUUAGAUAAUUUUUAAUAAGAGUGCAUUAUUUUAAUGAAAAUGUAAAUUAGUAAUGAAGGACUAAAAACAAAUUUUAAACAAAAAUGCCUCCCAAUGGUGAAACAAGUGUAGCAAAUAUUACUGAAGAAAUGGAAAAUCAACCAAGUGGAGACGAGACACACUCUGAAACAAAUGAAUCAAGAAAUACUCAUGGAGAAGGAUCACAAGAAAGCGGAGUCGAAACGUCAUCCAAUCCUUGUCAAGAUUCCUUGACUUCACAUGGAUCUCAAGGAGAAGGGAGUGAUGCUUCUAGCAUUUAUACAGCCAAUGCUUCUGUUUCUGGCUAUGAGACAAGUUCCAGUAGAGUGAGUGCAAUUACUGUUGUUCUACCUUGGGGAGCUCAAAAAGAAACUGUUAAGCCCCAACAAAUAGAAGAUAUGGAACUUAGACCUGGUGAAUAUGUAAUGCGAAUUCUAUUUGCUGAUUUUGCCGCUCAAGCUGAGAGAAAAAUUGAAGCAGUAAUGGCAGAAACUGAGAAGCCACUCUCUAAAGUAUUACAGAGAGGAGAAGAUACUCAAUUUGAUCAGUUAUUAUCAGCUUUUGGUUCGGUUGCUGAACAUUGUCUUCCAUCAAUCCUUCGGGCAUUAUUCAAAUGGUAUGAACGACAAUUAGCAGAUCAAGGAAAUGAUCAAAAAAAACCUGCACCUGGAAAAGAAGAUCAAAAAGGUAAAAGUAUUAUGUAUACAAUAGUGUCUGGUUCUGAAAAAGUUGAAACUGUUGAAAAAAGUGAAGCUGAUCUUCUCCAAGAACGCCGAGAUCUUGCAGUUGAAUUUAUUUUUUGUCUCAUGUUGAUUGAAGUUUUACGCCAGUUACCAUUUCAUCCAGGUCACGAGGAUUUGGUUACAGAAAUUGAGAAUAUUGCAUUCAGGCAUUUCAAGUAUAGGGAAGGCAUUCAGAAUGAACCAAAUGCUGCAAAUAUUCACAUCAUUGCUGAUUUAUUUGCUGAGGUCAUUGGAGUUCUUGCUCAAUCUCGUUUCAAGGCUGUGAGAAAACAAUUUAUGAUUGAAUUAAAGGAGUUACGAGCUAGAGAACCCGGCCCUCAUACAACUCAAAGCAUCAUUUCACUACUGAUGGGUAUGAAAUUUUUUAGAGUGAAAAUGGUACCGAUUGAGGAAUUUGAAGCAUCAUUUCAAUUUAUGCAAGAGUGUGCUCAGUAUUUUUUGGAUGUUAAAGAUAAAGACGUUAAACACGCAUUGGCAGGACUUUUUGUAGAAAUUUUAGUUCCUGUUGCAGCGGCUGUAAAAAAUGAAGUUAAUGUUCCUUGUUUGAAAAAUUUCGUUGACAUGCUUUAUUCAACAACUUUGGAUAUGUGCACUAAAUCUAAACAUCGUUUAGCUCUAUUUCCUCUAGUCACAUGCCUUUUAUGUGUGAGUCAAAAACAAUUUUUCUUACAAAAUUGGCACUAUUUUCUAGCAAUGUGUCUUUCUAAUUUAAAAAGUCGUGAUGCUAAGAUGAGUAGAGUCGCUCUCGAAGCUCUUUAUCGAUUGUUAUGGGUUUACAUGAUUAGAAUAAAAUGUGAAAGUAAUUCAGCAACCCAGAGUCGACUUCAGAGCAUUGUUAACUCACUUUUUCCCAAAGGAUCUAAAGCAGUAAUACCUCGAGAUACUCCUCUAAAUAUUUUUGUUAAAAUCAUUCAGUUUAUAGCUCAAGAAAGACUUGACUUUGCAAUGAGAGAAAUAGUGUUUGAUUUAUUGUCAGUUGGAAGGCCAGUAAAAGUCAUUCUAACACCUGAAAGAAUGAGUAUUGGUUUGAGAGCAUUUUUAGUUGUUGCUGAUAGUCUUCAGCAAAAAGAAGGAGAACCUCCAAUGCCAAGAACUAUGGGUGUAUUACCUAGCGGUAAUACAAUGAGAGUAAAGAAGACUUUUCUCAAUAAAAUGUUAACUGAAGACACAGCUAAAAGUAUAGGGAUGUCAUCUUACUUCCCUCAUGUUCGUAGAGUCUUUGUUGAUAUUCUCAGAGCUUUAGAUGUUCAUUAUGGCCGACCUUUAAUGAUGACGAGCACUCAAAAUAUGAAUAAAGAACCAGAUGAAAUGAUAACGGGAGAUAGAAAACCAAGAAUCGAUUUGUUCAGAACUUGUGUGGCUGCGGUUCCACGAUUAAUCCCUGACGGAAUGACUGGAGCAGAAUUGGUUGAUCUUUUAGCUCGAAUUACUGUUCAUAUGGAUGAAGAACUUCGCGGUCUUGCUUAUCAAAGCUUACAAACACUAGUCCUAGAUUUUCCAGACUGGCGACAAGAUGUUGUUCUUGGAUUCACACAAUUUCUUGCGCGAGAUGUUCAAGACACUUUUCCUCAACUUGUUGAUAAUGGAUUGAGAAUGCUUUUACAACUAUUAACAUCUUGGAAAAAUGCUUUAUCCAAUCCAAGUCCGAGAUCUAAGGAACAAACGAUUGAAAAUAACAGAAUUAAUCCAAGAAUUGAUCCUAUUGUAAAGAAAAUUGAUUCCUCAAGUCAAAGGAUUGAACAAGCUUCAAGUGUAUUCCACUUAGUUGAAGGAUUUGCUUUAGUGAUGCUUUGUAAUUGUCGACUUUAUCCAAGACGAUUAGCAGUUCAUAUUCUUCGUGAAGUCAAGAUGAUUUUAAAAGCUGUAGGUGGUCCAGAAACUGAUCAACCAGUAAUUGAUGUGAUUGAUGCAUGUUGUCCAUCAGUUAUAGAAAAGUGUUAUCACCUUUUACCACCAGCAGAGAAAGCCGCAGCUGCAGCUACAUCUAAUAUAGAUUUACAAUGGAUCGCUGAUAGAAGUAGCUGUAUAUGGACUGCAGGAUUUCAUGAUGAAAAUAGUAUCAAAAGUUCAUCCCUACUCAACCUUAAUGGAGCAGAUCCUUGGAGUACUUGUUUAUUUGCUUUUUUAGAAAGAGAUCGAGUACUUUCAUUGUGUCCUAAUGCUAUUGCCCAUUCAUGGCCCAUUGUAUUUACGAGAAUCAAUUCCCUCUUCACUGUCAUUGAUCCAACGCCAGUAAAUGACAAUAGAGCUUCAUUAUUGAGAAGUUCAGCUACAGUAAGAAAACCUAUAAACGAGCGAGAUGUUUACUUGCAUAUUUGGAAAAAUUAUUUAACUUUUGGUUAUCGAGUCGUCCCACCUAUUCCGAGCCCAAUUAUUCGAUGUGCUAGUCCAGAUUUAAGUCUCAGUGGUCAGCAUACGGUGGACUUUGGUGUGUUGUGCAUGAGUAAGGAGUUGAGUCAGAGCCUGGAGAACCUCGGCGGGGCACAGACCCUGCCGGGCCGAUUCUCCGUACCAUCAAUAUCUGGAAUCUACACCAGGCAUAAGCGGACCAGUUCAUCACCUGACAGUUUAUCGGCGGAACGUGGUGAUAAUAAAUCUCCAGGAACAAAUGCAAGCCCAGCAGCAUUAUAUAAACUUACAGUGCCAUUAUUAAGAUGUGAGACUGUUGAUGUAAGAGACGCUGUGGUUCAAGCAAUGGGAAAAGUAAACGCUGAUGCUUUAAAAGACUUGAUGGAAGAACUUGUUCCUUACAUCCGUGAAGCAGUGGAUAGAAAGCAGGAAAACAUGAGAAGACGACGGAGGCGGGAUGCUUUAAGACUUCAACUAGUUAGAGUGUUAGAGUUUAUAGCAGAGUAUGGAAUUUUUGGAGUUUGCCCAGCAGUACUUGACAGAGAAACUCAGUCCCUUCAUCCAACUUUCAUUGAAUACAUCGAUGGAGUGAGAGUUUAUCUUGAAAAUGAAACAGAUAAAGAAGCUCCCGCUGUUCGGGAUAUUAAAUUACAUUUUUGUAAUUUUAUUAGAAAAAUGAUUAAGAGUUUUUCGUUGGAAGCAUGUCAUUCAUUGGUAAAACGAGAUUUAAGAAGAAAUUUAUUCACCUUAUUCGCAACAUGGGCUGGUCCUUAUGGUAAACCGCUGACAAAUUCUAUAACAUCUUUGGACGAAGAAAGAUCGUGCUCAGAAUUGCAACUAUCAGCUUUACAAGCCAUGAGUAGUCUCUUGUGUUGUGGAUCUUGUUUUAAUCCCCAAUCUUUGUCUGAAGAAGGUGCAAUUUUAUAUCAGUGGUUAGAUCUGUUACUUGCUAGUAAAGAUGAAAAGAUUUACGCUUUGGCUCGAGAAACUGUUGUAUUACUACUAGAAGGUAAUCCAGAUAUUGGAACUCUUCUGGAUUGGGUGAUUGAUCGAUGUUAUACGGGAAUUCCUCAAGUAGCUGAUGGCUGUUUUCUUGGUUUAGCAACAAUUUUUAGUGCCAGGGAAUACCCUUGCGAUCAUUAUACAAGCGUGAUAAAUGUCAGUCUGAUGAAUACUGGAUGUCCUCGCGCACCCGUUCAAGAUGCGGCUCUUCAACUCCUUCAACUAUUAGACCAGAGAUUUUUUGGUAACGUGCGACCUCUUCCAACUGCUGACCCUGAGACCAACCAAGAAGAAGUUGGAGCUAAUAGUUUGGGACCUGGAAUAACAUCUGAAGUAGUUACAGGAUCAACAGGAGGAACAUAUACAACAGUUAAAGCUGGAACUCUUAAUGCAUUACUUACUACAUCCUACUGUCGAAAUCAAAUGUAUUUAUCGACGCAAUUAGCUCAACUUCAUCCAGAGUUGACGAUGCCAAUGUUCAGCGAGAUAACUCAUAGAUUCCAAACUGCCAGACGUGAAGUUCGACAACUGUUGCUUCAAUAUCUACUACCGUGGCUCCACAAUAUGGAAUUAGUCGACCCAAAUGUUCCCCCGCCAGCUAAUCCUUCAAGUUAUUAUCAGUAUUAUAUGACUGAUAUCACGCGAGGAGGUGCUAGAAGAGAAGGUUGGGGAUCUGCUGAAGCUACAGAGAUGGUUCUAAAUAAUUUAUUUUAUAUCACAGUCAAGUUUUCUGAUGAGCAUCCAAAGGAAGUGGAAGAACUUUGGGCAACUUUAUGCGGAUGUUGGCCAAACAAUCUUAAAGUUAUUAUUCGGUACUUGAUAAUAGUCUCAGGAAUGGCACCUCAAGAAUUGUUGCCUUAUGCUAAAAGGGUAGUCUUGUUCUUAGCAAGAGCAAAAUCGGAUCGAUUAGUAGAUGAAAUGAUGACAGAGCUUCAGACUGUUGAAACAUUGAAUUGCUUGAUAGAACGAACAGAAACUCCACCAUUCUACAGAUUAACUAGCAUGAGAAAAGCAUCAUCGCAUAGUGAUGCUCCAGCAGCAGAUCCUGGAAACCCACCUCGGGAUUUAGCUGUUGAAAAAGGAACUAUUCAUACUAAGAGACACUCAGGAGAAGAUCCCGUAAAAACAGGAUCUAAAUCUGAUACUGCUUUAAGAGCAUUAGCUGGCUUUCAAACUCCACGGACAGAAAAAACUAGAACUACAAGUGGACCUCCUAUUUUACCUGAUGAUUUAUCAACUCCUACAACAGAAGUUGAGCUGACAACGGAUGAAAAAAUGUAUGGCCCUCGAGGAGGAAACUCUACAGUUUCUAACAAAGUUAAUCAAGAAAAGUUUGACAUUCCUCAACCACAUCCUUUACCUAUGCCAGAGUAUGGAGGGUACUUUGCUCCUCUCACCGAGUAUCUACCCGACAGCUCACAGCCAAUAAGUGGUUUUCAUCGAUGUAACAUAGCUAUAAUGCUCUUGACGGAUAUUGUCGUUGAUGGAGUGCAGCUAGACUGGUCGAUUCAUGUUCCUUUAAUGCUUCACAUUAUCUUUCUUGGUUUAGAUCACUCCAGGCCUCUCGUUCGAGACCAUUGUCGUCUUCUUCUUUUAAAUCUUUUAGUAGUACUCGGUGAUCAUCGUGAUCAUUUGGGUGUGGCGCGGUUACUUUUAGCAUCAAAAACAGAACAAUUAGGAUUAGGACUUAGCACUCCAUCAUUACCUAUUUUAGAGCAUAACUUUACUGACGUAGAUCCAGAAUUUGAUGCUUAUUUAUAUGGUCCUCCCACAGCUCCACCUACGACUACACCACCGAGGUCGCAUACACCACCUCCAGUAUAUUCUCCUCCCCCCGCACCACCUUUACCUGAUACUGCAACGUCUUUUGUAUCAUCCUCAGAUGCUUCUCCCUCUCAUUCUCCUACUUUGCCUACGUCUGUAACACCGCCUAACUCUGCGACGCAUAAUCAAAUUAGAGAUCAGAUUAAAGAAUCUGCUACUUCAUCGGGAUCUUUACCAGCAAUUCCACCUCCGCCACCUCUCCCUUCUUCACCGUCGGUUUCUGGAUCUUCUGAUGCCUCUCCUUCUCACUCUCCUAUUCCUUCUAACUCUUUAACACCACCAAUUGUAACUCAAGGACAAAUUAAAGAUAUAUCAAAAGAAUUUGAGACGCCUUUACGUGCCUGGCCACCGUCUUCAGGAUCUAAUGGACCUCCUCCAGUGAUUGUUACACCUGAAGAUGUUGCCAACUGGACUGGACCACAACCAGGUCCUAAUAUGCCUAUUCAAGAUGUUAUAAAAUCUUUAAUCCAUUUCCUUGCAUCUAAGAUAAAUCAACCACUUUGGAAUUAUGAAGACAUGACCGCUAAAGUUUGGUGGGUUAGAAGCGCUGAACAAUUGACAAUUUUGCUGAGGCAUGUAUUAAGAGUUUUUAGAGAUUCUUUACCUCAUGCUCAUGUUAGUCAACGAUGGGCAGAAACUGCAUUACAAUUAGGAUUAUCUUGUUCAUCGAGACACUAUGCUGGACGAUCUCUUCAAGUAUUUCGAGCUCUUCGAGUACCAAUAACCUCUCGUAUGUUAUCAGAUAUUCUAUCACGACUUGUAGAAACUGUUGCUGAGCAAGGAGAAGAUAUGCAAGGAUAUGUGACAGAACUUUUAUUAACAUUAGAAGCUGCAGUGGAUUCUCUUGAAUCGGACUUUAGACCAUUGGACUUUAUGAAAGAAAUAUUUAAAUCAACUCCAAAUUUGAAUAAUAAAGACGCUGCUUCAAUUAUGGCUGGGAAGAAAAACAUGGGAAUUGGCGGUUUUCCAGGAGCUCAUGUUUUAGCUCAUUUAAAUCAAGGUGGACAUGCUCGAAGUACUAGUUAUUCUGUUAGCUAUUGCAUGAGAAAGUCAGCUGCUGGAUCAACAACAUCUAGUGAGCCCAAAGAGCUUGAUUGCCGCAGUGGUGGUAUUAAAUAUCCUAAUUCAAAUUUAGCAAGAUCACGGUCAGCACAGUCUUUGAAACUUCUUGGAGAUUCUGCUUCUCAAGAUGAUAAAAUGACUAUCCUGGCUCAGCUUUUUUGGCUGUCAGUAUCUUUACUUGAGUCAGAUUAUGAGCAUGAAUUUUUAUUGGCUCUAAGAUUACUUGGAAGAGUUCUUCAUCGUCUUCCGCUAGAUCGUCCGGAUGCACGAGAUAAAGUGGAGAAACUUCAACAACAGUUAGGAUGGAAUUCAUUCCCUGGUGUCCAUGCAUUACUUCUGAAAGGGUGUACAAGUCCAAACACAUAUGAACCAGUUGUUACACUUCUUUCACAAUUUACACCACUUUUAGAUUUACCAUUCGUCGAUCCCACGCAAAGUCUCGCAUUUCCGAUGAAUGUUAUUUCAUUAUUACCAUACAUGUUGUUAAAUUUUGAAGAUGCAAAUGAGCUUUGUAUAAGAAGUGCAGAAAAUAUUGCUCAAGUAAGCGCAGAGAAAGGGAAGAAAUUAGAUCACUUGGGUACUGUAAUGACGUUAUAUUCUCGACGUACAUUUAGCAAGGAAAGUUUUCAGUGGACUAAGUGUGUCGUUAAAUAUUUAUAUGAUACUUAUGCUCAUCUCAGUUUUAAUAUGUUAGCCUUUCUUGUUGAAGUCCUUGAAAAAGGGCCUGCUAGCAUUGCAUUACCGGUGUUGAGUAUUAUUCACUGUCUCUUGCAUUAUGUUGAUCUGGCAUCUGAAGCAGCUCAACCGAUCAAUACAGAAUUGCUGAGAGUAAUUUCCAAAUACGUUGAAGGUCCAAAUUGGAAAGAAGCUUUGAAAAUAUUAAAGUUGGUUGUAACAAGAUCUUCAACUUUAGUUGCUCCGCCAACUUCAGUUCAUGCUUCUUCAUGGGAAUCAUCUUUGACUUCUCCACAUCCUAGUUUUACAGAUACAGAAAUAUUUUCAAAGAAAGAAUUACCUGGAAGAACUAUGGACUUCACAUUCGAUGUAACUAAAACUCCUGUGAUUGGAAAAAGAUGGCUAAAACGUCCAGUUGAUGAUGUAAAAACUUCUGGAUCCCCUCGACGUUCUUUAUCAUUAUCCCCUGCUGAUACCAAUAUUGUUUCUAGUUGGAAACGUCCAUGGAUGUCACAGGGAAGAGUAAGAGAAUGCUUAGUGAAUCUCUUAAGACCUUUUGGACAACCAGUAGGCCUUCCCAAGAGUCCAUCUGUGAUAUUUAGCCAAAGUUCCGAUUUAAUGGAACGGCAAUCAUCAAUGGCAUCGUCUACUGAAGAAGUUUCUGGUGCUAACAAUGAUUUAAGUGGUGGUUCUCGACGUGACGAUGAACAGUUUGGAGUCUUCAAAGAUUUCGACUUUUUGGAAUAUGAGAGUGAAAGUGUGGAAGGAGAAAGCACUGAUAACUUUAAUUGGGGAGUUCGAAGACGUCCACUUAGUGAAGGAGAAGAAAGAGAGUCAAGUCUACGACAAUAUGAAGAGAGUUUUAGUGAGAAAACUAUUUCUUCUAGUAAACACGCCUCUCGGCGUGGUGGAGUAGCUGAAGAAUCAUCUGACGAUGAAGUGGGAUCAGAAUCACCACUUGAUGAAGUUCCAUCAGGUUCAGGAGCCGGUCAAGAAGCUAGUAGUAUUCCUGGAAUGUUUCCACCAUCUUCAUUAUCAUUAAUACAAAAUAGAACUCGUCAUGAUUCAAGGUCAGACACUUCAGGUUCUAGUGCUGGCGAUUUAGGAGAUGUAACACCUUGCAAUGCUUCACCGAAUUUAUCAGCAUUGAUACCAUUCCGUCAAGUAGUACGUGAUGAUGUUGAAGAAAUGGGACGACAACAAAUUCAAAAUUUAAUUUCACAGCCACCAUAUAAUAUUUUAGAAUUUUUCCAUUUACUUAGCAGAAUUUUACGAGAUGUGUGCAGCAAAUCUGUUGGGUUAUCUCGAGAAGCAGUGGCUUUGUUGACAAAUGGAAGCACAGCAUCCGCUCAAUUAGCUUCCCAUUUAUCGAGUCACGCUGAUUUAUUGAGUUCAAAAGCUGAACCUCCAUUAGUUUGGUUCUCCGUAUCAGUUUUUGCAAAUCAAAGACUUCAUGAAACUUUAAGAUUCGGAAUGUUAGAGGUUCAAGAACAUUUAGAAACAUUUCUUGAUAAAAAAGAUCAUGCAACAGAAUGUUUAGAAGCAGUUAAGGCAACAAAUAAACUUCAAGCUUUUGGAGAAUCUCAUGGAAGCGAUUUUAAUUCUGAAGAAAUGCUUCUAGGACUUGGUCGAUCAUUUUAUAAACUUCAUUUUCAAUUACUACUGUUAAUAGAGGCAUCAAAUAAGAUGCUAUUAGCUUUAACCAAAGCCUCCAGAAGUGUAACAAUUCCACUUCAUGAUAUGUCAGCAGAGAUAUUACUAAUGAAAACAGCACUCUGUCGAGCUCUAGAAGAAAGUACAGAAAGUGAACGUGGAACACCGACUCCUACUCCGAGCCCAAGUCCAUUGCCUAGUGGCUCUCUUGAAGAUAUCUCACGAGUUGCAGAAUUUUUGAGAUCCGCGCGCUGGUCGGCGGCUCUUGAGGCUGUGAGAUUAUACCGGGCCCAAUGGCCUAGUGAUCCUUUCUUCGAUGAUGACGACGUAACAACAGCUGUCAAUAUGUAUUGCAAAUAUUUAGGACAGGAAAGAGCAGAUCUUUUCGUUGUUACAAAAAAUGAUAGUGAAAUGACAGAAAUUUUUGACAGACUGAUGGAGAGUCUUUUCCGUGUUUUAUCUGCAGUGACUGGAUUGGAAUCUGCAGUAAAAGCAGUUCGGAUUCAACAAAACUCUCAGCAUUCAAAAAUCGACUGUUAGACCCAAUAUGUUAUAAAUGUUUUUGUCUAUUCUUUAUAUAAUUAGUUAAGAUAUUAGUUCUAUUUAAUUAUUCUUGUGAGAUGCACACCUCACCGUAUUAUUAUUAUUUGUCGAGUGACACACCCGUUUAAGGGCAUUGUUAUCUUAAUUUUUCUCUUUUUCUCUCUAGACUAUUUUUUGAAAUAUUUAACCAUGGCAUAAAAACAAAUUAGUAAGUAAUCAGGAUUUUAUGGACUGAUUAGUUUUAAUGAAAUAAGAAAGUGAAGAAUCAAAGAAGAGUAAACUGUUUUAUUAAUAUAUGUCAUAAAAAUAUAAAUGUCAAAGUCAAUUAUUGAAUUAAAUAUUGUGAAUGAGCAACAAAAGAAUGAAAUUGAAAAAAAUAUAAAUAUGAUGAAUUAUUUAUUAGAAACAAAAUAAAG